AAUAAUUCGUCAAUAAGGACUUAGAUUUUCUCCAAAUAUUAAGGAGGGGAAUUGUCUCAUAAUCCUUAUCCACCACUAUAAAUACCGUAACUCCUAAUUAAACUCGUAAAGUCUUCAUCGCAGAAGUAUAUAUAAUCAAAAAGCAAAUCGAGUUAUUUUCUCUCUCAAUUCAUCCCAAACCGUCGUAACCAUUCUCUUUCGUUUCGUUUCGUUUCUUCUCUUUUAAAAACCUUUCUUCGAAAAGAUGACGAUCUCUGUUGAGAAGCCGAUUUUUGAAGAGGUUUCUGCAUUCGAGAAGAGUGGGGACAAUAUCGGAGAGUUGAAAUUGGACGGAGGAUUUUCGAUGCCGAAAAUGGACACCAAUGACGACGAAGCUUUUUUGGCUCCUGAGAUGAAUGCAUUUGGCCGCCAAUUCAGGGACUACGAUGUUGAGAGUGAGAGGCAAAAGGGCGUCGAAGAGUUUUACAGAUUACAACACAUCAACCAAACUGUCGACUUUGUGAAAAAGAUGAGGGCUGAAUAUGGAAAAUUAGAUAAAAUGGUGAUGAGCAUUUGGGAAUGUUGUGAGCUUCUCAAUGAGGUUGUGGAUGAGAGUGAUCCAGAUCUUGACGAGCCCCAGAUUCAGCAUUUGCUUCAAUCUGCCGAAGCCAUCCGCAAAGAUUACCCUAAUGAAGAUUGGCUUCAUCUGACCGCUCUUAUCCAUGAUCUUGGGAAAGUUAUUACUCUUCCACAAUUCGGAGGACUUCCUCAAUGGGCUGUUGUUGGUGACACAUUCCCUGUUGGAUGUGCAUUUGAUGAAUCUAACGUACAUCACAAGUACUUUGUGGAAAACCCAGAUUUUCACAACGAAACCUACAACACUAAAAAUGGGAUUUACUCUGAAGGGUGUGGAUUAAACAAUGUCAUGAUGUCUUGGGGCCAUGACGACUACAUGUACCUGGUGGCUAAAGAAAACGGAAGUACCUUGCCGUCGGCUGGACAGUUUAUCAUAAGAUACCAUUCCUUUUACCCUUUGCACACGGCUGGAGAAUACACCCAUCUUAUGAACGAGGAAGACAAGGAGAAUCUGAAGUGGCUACACGUUUUCAACAAGUACGACUUGUACAGUAAGAGCAAAGUUCACGUUGAUGUGGAGAAGGUCAAGCCUUACUACAUGUCUCUUAUCAAGAAAUAUUUCCCGGAAAACUUGAGGUGGUGAAUUCGGUGGAGUAAAAAAGUGCCCAUGGAGGAUUAGUCGUUUUAUUUACUUACAAAUAUUUUUACACAUUUUCGAGUUAAUGUGAAUCUAUUGUAAUUGUGUUAUAUAUAUCUUAUGUUAAUCAUAUUCAGGCUGUCUCUGAAAUGUAAUCACAAUCAACCCUCGUGAAUGCUAAAGAGUUUGUACGUCGGGUGAUAUAAGAUCUUAAAUAAUGAAGUUUAUUUAUAAUAAUCUAAGCCUCCAAGGUCUAAAAAUUGUGCAUUGUAAUGUAAACAAAGUUUUAUUAACGUAACUCUAA